AUGUCCCAACUCACAACCCUCCUAACCAAAUCGCGCGAUGCCCUCCUCGAAUCCCGCGCUCUCCUUGUAUCGCACCCUCGGGCACGCUACAUCCUCGCCGCCCUCCCCGCGGCCGUGAUCGCCCUGCUAAUCCCCUCAGCAUACCGCGACUACCAGUCAUAUCUAGCCCUGGGCCCCGGGGGACCCCCGUAUAAUGUCCUCGGCUGGCUAGGCGUGAAGCUGGUCUUCAACCCGUUCAAGCGCGACAUGUUCGGGACGGAGAUUUAUGAUCGGAAGAUUGCACUGGGUGAGCGGACGGGAUUCCUUAAGGAUCUACCGAGAAGAGAGGGCGACCGCCCGAGAAUGGGGAGUUUUGCGGUCCCGCAGAGGCAGGUUGAUCAGGUUCCGAGCCAGGAGAUCAAAGACAAAUUAAUGGCCGAAUACGGCGCCUUCCUCACCCGCAACAAACACAUUAUCGAUCGCGUCCCUUCAAUCCUAGAGAAAUACACCGACGCCGCGCACGUCUGCCACGAUAUCGACCUCACCCCCGUCGCGGCACAGAUGAAGCGCGAGAUCUGCCAUGUCCAUGGGACGAGCGAUCAUUCUGUUCAUGUUACGUUGGCGCCGGCGGAUUGCAAACGAGUCAUCGAGUCGGGCUGGGGCCAGCGGUUCCCGCUUGCAGGGACGAGCUUGUUUAGGAAUCUGACGUUCGGGCGUCUUCCUACUAUUCCGCUUGAGUAUAUCCUCGUCUAUGCGCCGCGGACUGAAGAGGAGAUACGGACUGUGAUGACCAUUGUGAAGGCGAGUGUACAGUAUGUUACUGGAGAGAAGGAUGUGCGGUGA